CGGGCAGAGCUAUUGUUCCUGCCAUUGUCUGUUCUGGAACGCAAGCCCAGGAGAAAAGGACUGGCAUGGGCACCAAGUGGCACAUGGCUGAAGGCAGCCAUAGAGUCAGACAGGAGCCAUCUGGGGGAAAAGGUAGGGGGCUGGCCUGUGGUCUGGCAUUCUCUCAGCUUGGGACUCAGACAGACUGUGGGCCCCAGAGUUGAGUGUAUGUCUCCUGCCUUGAGCUUGUGGAGGACAGAGGGUCCCUGGGGCUUCUGGAAGAGGACCACAAUGUAGCUCAAGCAGCAGCAUUCCCCCACCCUGACUCAGGCUGGGGUUUUGUGUCCUGGCCUUUGUCAAAUUAGGCUUUGCUAUCUACAUAGUGAAUUGCUUCUUCAUUCCGGUUAUCCCAAAGAAUUGUAUGUUAAAGCUCCUGGUAUAAGGCAUCCAAGAAAGGCUCAUUUCUGUUCCUUGGGGGUGGUCAACAGUGCGCUGCUGUUCUUCACUGCAAAACCAGAGCUCCUUUCCUACCUAUCAGGAUGCAGGGUUGCCCCUCUUCGCCCUGGCUGUGGAGAGGAAGUGGAACUAGAGUUGCCCGUCUGGGGUCCCUCGCGGCCCCGGGUAAGGGACGCCCCCGCUGUGCCGGCGCCAUGGGAAGGAGCGGGUUCCGUAGCUGCCCCCCACCGGCGCGUGCACGACUUGAGCCCCGCUGCAGGCAACCCCCGGCCGCGUGUCCCCGAGUGACGCUGGCGGCACCUGGGAGCGUGGCGCGGGCUCGGGGCCACGCAGAGGAGCCCAGUGUCCAGUGAAAAGCUGCCGAGGACCCACCGCCCGCACCGCCGCCAUGGUGAUGUCCCAGGGCACCUACACGUUCCUCACGUGCUUCGCCGGCUUCUGGCUCAUCUGGGGUCUCAUCGUCCUGCUCUGCUGCUUCUGCAGCUUCCUGCGCCGCCGCCUCAAACGGCGCCAGGAGGAGCGACUGCGGGAGCAGAAUCUGCGCGCACUAGAGCUGGAGCCCCUGGAGCUUGAGGGCAGCAUGGCUGGGAGUCCCCCGGGCCUGGCGCCGCCUCCACCACCGCACCGCGGCCGCCUGGAGGCGCCGGCGCACGCGCAUCCGCACGUGCACGUUCACCCUCUGCUGCACCACGGGCCAGCGCAGCCGCACGCACACCCGCACUCUCACCAUCACGCGCUGCCGCACCCGCCACCGCCGCACCUAUCGGUGCCGCCUCGGCCCUGGAGCUAUCCGCGCCAAGCGGAAUCGGACAUGUCCAAGCCACCGUGUUACGAAGAGGCGGUGCUGAUGGCCGAGCCGCCGCCGCCCUACAGCGAGGUGCUCACAGACACGCGCGGCCUCUACCGCAAGAUCGUCACACCCUUUCUGAGCCGCCGCGACAGCGCAGAGAAACAGGAGCAGCCGCCGCCUAGCUACAAGCCACUCUUCCUGGACCGGGGCUACACCUCGGCGCUGCACCUACCAAGUGCCCCGAGGCCCGCAGCCCCCUGCCCUGCCCUUUGCCUGCAGGCCGAUCGCGGCCGCCGGGUCUUCCCCAGCUGGACCGACUCAGAGCUCAGUAGCCGUGAGCCCCUGGAGCACGGAGCUUGGCGCCUGCCGGUCUCCAUCCCCUUGUUCGGGAGGACUACAGCCGUAUAGAGGGGCGCCCGGCGUCCUGGGCCCCACCGGCGGACUCCUGGCCUGACAGCGGGGCUUUUUAAAUGCUUCCCUUGGACUGCGGGGUGUUGGGGGGGAGGGAUUUCUUACCCCGUUUGUUACAUUU